AGCUAUAGCUAUGUCACUCCGGCCGAAUUCGAGAACGGAGGCUCGCCGGAGCCGGUACAAAGUGGCGGUGGAUGCGGAUGAAGGAAGGAGAAGAAGAGAAGAUAAUAUGGUUGAGAUCCGUAAGAGUAAAAGAGAAGAAAAUUUGCUUAAAAAACGACGUGAAGGUUUACCGCUUCAACAACAACAGCAGUUUUCAGCUACUGCUGCUGCUGUUUCUCAGCUCGAUAAUAAGAAGCUGGAGAGUCUUCCGGAAAUGAUUGCUGGGGUUUGGUCCGAUGAUAGCAGUAUGCAACUUGAAUUUACAACACAGUUCCGGAAACUGCUUUCAAUUGAACGUAAUCCUCCUAUAGAGGAAGUGAUACAGUCUGGGGUAGUUCCUCGCUUUGUUGAAUUUCUUGCUAGAGAUGACUAUCCUCAACUGCAGUUUGAGGCAGCAUGGGCUCUUACAAAUAUUGCAUCUGGCACAUCAGAAAACACUAAAGUUGUGAUUGAUUAUGGUUCUGUUCCAAUUUUCGUCAAACUUCUAAGUUCACCAAGCGACGAUGUCCGUGAACAGGCAGUUUGGGCUUUGGGAAAUAUUGCUGGUGACUCGCCCAAGUAUCGUGACCUUGUGCUUGGCCAUGGAGCCUUAGUGUCAUUGCUAGCACAAUUUAAUGAGCAUGCAAAGCUGUCUAUGCUGAGAAAUGCUACCUGGACAUUGUCAAACUUCUGUAGGGGCAAGCCUCAGCCGCAGUUUGAGCAGACAAAAGCGGCACUCCCCACUCUUGCUCGUCUUAUCCACUCAAACGAUGAAGAAGUUUUGACAGAUGCAUGCUGGGCUCUUUCAUAUCUUUCUGAUGGAACUAAUGACAAAAUCCAAGCUGUUAUUGAAGCUGGAGUUUGUCCCCGCCUUGUUGAGCUGCUACUUCAUUCUUCACCAUCUGUUCUCAUUCCUGCCUUGCGCACUGUUGGUAACAUUGUCACAGGAGACGAUAUCCAAACUCAGGUUAUGAUUGACCAUCAUGCUCUUGCCUGCCUUCUUAACCUGUUGACGCAAAAUUACAAGAAAAGCAUUAAAAAGGAAGCUUGCUGGACAAUCUCGAACAUUACAGCUGGUAAUCGAAAUCAAAUUCAGGCUGUGAUCGAGGCUGGCAUUAUUGCUCCUCUUGUCCAUCUGCUACAAAAUGCUGAAUUUGAGAUAAAGAAAGAAGCUGCUUGGGCAGUUUCAAAUGCUACAUCAGGUGGAAAUAAUGAUCAAAUCAAGUUCUUGGUGAACCAAGGUUGUAUAAAACCAUUGUGUGAUCUACUGGUUUGUCCUGACCCAAGAAUAGUUACGGUCUGCUUGGAAGGGCUUGAGAAUAUUCUGAAGAUCGGGGAAGCUGAAAAGGAUCUAGGUAAUACAGAAGGCAUAAAUGUUUAUGCCCAGUUGAUCGAUGAGGCUGAAGGUCUAGAGAAGAUUGAAAACCUCCAGAGCCACGACAACACUGAAAUCUACGAGAAGGCAGUGAAGAUCCUCGAAACUUAUUGGUUGGAAGAGGAGGAUGAACAACUUCCAUCAGCUGAUGCUCAAAAUUCUGGAUUCAACUUUGGAGGGGGUGAUCUACCUCUUCCAUCAGGAGGAUUCAACUUCAGUUGAUACAGUUUGGCUAGCAGGUCAGUCGUUGGAUUUAAAUUGGAGAAAGCGUCCUCUUUAAACAAUGUGUAGAGUUUUCAUAUGUUUCGGGGGUUGGGGUGGGGGUGGGGGUGGGGUUGCGAGGUUCGGAUUUUACAUAUAUUUUCAUUUAUUUCUUGAGUGAGUUUGUAUUGUAUAAGUUACCUUUUCCCCUAAGAUAUAUUGGUGGUGGUGGAUAAAACAUAAAUUUUAUACACACAUGUUAAUGUACAAGUCAUACAUAUUUCCAUUUGAUGUCAACAUAUACUACUACUUUCCA